AUGGUUUCACUUGGCACAGCUAGUGUACCUGCUGGUAAUCAACCGGUACCACUUCUCUUUGGGGCGCUCGGAAUGUUUGGAGGCCCUCUAUCAAGGGUGGAAGCAUCAUGUCUUUUCGUGAUGGGGAGUGACAGUCUUCUUUCCCUCUCCUUCAUGGAUAAGAGCUUCGUUGUCGGUUUGUACCCCGCUUUGGCAAACAUGGUGCAGCAGGAGGAAAGUGUUCUGACGGAUGAAAUAGUUUUGCUGUCGGCAAUGUGGAGGCGCCGCGGGAUCAGUGGCGCUGAGGACCAGGUAAUGUUUUCGGGUGCUGUAAUGCCGUUUAGCAGGUAUUACAACAGGGAGAGAUUUCCUAUUGUUGUUGGUGUGCGCAACGGAGGGCUUUAUUUGGAAGCAAAUGCGGAGCGCCGGGGAAUAACUGGAGACACGUUGGAGCGACAUGAACCUGAUUCGGCAUCGUUAAAUCCGUCACCGGGGCGUGUGGCCAAGAACAAGUUGGUAAUGCCUGUUUCUUUAAUGCUGUCCAAUGAUGAAAAUGAGAUACGCAUAUUAGGAAGCAUUUGGGCAAGGGUGAAUGGACCACGGUUUCACUCUGUUUCUCCUGUGUAUUCUGUUCUGGAUGCUGUUGGUGGUAUUCCAUUCUUUGCCUGGCUGGUUUCGCUACAGCCUACCUACUCAGAGGCGUUCGAAGAGGCAUGGAAAUGCGUUGGUGAUGUCAUUCUGUGGCAUUCUACAGAUAACUUACUAUGUUGUACGCCAUUGCAUGGGGGCCGACAUCUUGUUGUUCUUCUAAAAGCAAUGCUUCACAGCCGUGUUGUGAUAUCAAAAAAGACUGCAGUUUCUCUUUGUAGAGCUGUGGGGAAUCGGAUGAUUGUGCGAACAGAUCUCUUGCCGCUUCUCCUUGAUUUUACAUUAUGGUCGCAGAACUCUGGUGGAUUUCAGGCUGUGCUACACAAGUUGCAGGAGUACGUUGUGGAUGAUCAAUACGGUGCGUUUAACAGUCGAAUCCUUCAAAACGGUGUCGAUUCUCAGUAUGGAGCUGAUCACUCUUACGCCCUGGAAGAGUUUCUUGUACACCUUCUUAUGCAUUUUGCGGGGGAUACAAAUGGUGACUGGGACGUUUCCCUUAUUUCAUCUGCGACAGUUUUUUUGGCCACACUAUGUAGAACUCCUUUGCACAUGCGACGUAUGGUGCAAGCUGCGAUUUGCCUGGUUGUCGGUGAGGAUGCCCUUGCAUCAAGUGUGGUCGAUUGGGCGCUUGGGCUUCUGAGUGCUGUGAGACAAUCGAUGUCCGUAAUAAAUCCAGGGAGUCUGGAUGAUGAAUUUCUCGUCUCAGAUAUUGUGACUCUGUUAAAGUGCUCCAAGGAAGUAGUGCGGUGCAAUGCGCUCUCCCUCCUCUCGUGGGCUUUGAUAUCGAAGGAGCAGCUGGACACUAUGGUGGACGAGUACUUGGCCCGGAAGGCGCUUUUUCCGGACACACUUUGUAUUUCGGAAGCGGAGCUGUGCACCGUUGUCUGUGUGGUGGAGCAGAGCGCAAGGCGGGGUGACACAAAAGGGGCGCGAACGCUGUUGGUGUUUCUGGUCGCACUACUUCAGCACAUACCAUGUGAUUAUCAGAUGCGGGUUGUGGUACUUCUGUGUAACGUUGCCAAAGAAAAGGGACCGCUGAUACGUGACCUAGUCUACCCCACUGAUUUCAGCGAGAAGGGAUUCGCGUCCAUAGUAAGCUAUCUGCUUGGUGUUCUUCUUAUUCUUGCGAAGAACGAGGUCACUGUAACUGGCCUUUUGGUAGAGUCACUGACUAGUGUCGCUGUGUACAUGAUUGAAGUUUCAUGGAGUACAGAAGGCGUAAACUGCGGGCGUGCGUUGCGUGAUGUGGUCUUGACAAUUUUUCUGGCCGUUUCAUGUCUAAAUGAUAUCGAACCGAGGCGCCGACUUGAAUUGAGCGACAACAAAGUCAAUGUAUUGGUCAGCCGAUUUGUUGUGUCAUCUUUGGAUAAGUUUUCCAUACUGGCAGGCAAAGGGUGCUCAGGAUCCUUCAUGGACGAUUAUGUGUCGUUUCUCCAAAUAGCCGCAACGGCUGUAAUUUUGUUGGAUUGGUGCGAAAGCAACUGCAGGAGCUCUGACGAAUCGAUGGUUAAGAAGAAGGAGGAUGAUCAAGGUGACACCUGGGUGAGUCAAACUCUUGCGGGUGUGUACUUUUCGAGUUUUGGCAAGCCGCUGUGUCUUGGUGACCGCCAUACAGUGGUGCGUAUCGCCUUGCUUCUCUUUGAGUGCGCCCGAAAGCUGCUGUUUGAGCUACAGGCUGGACAAUCAGGCACGCUUCCCAGAAAGAGGGUGAAGCGUCUAAGCGAGGAGUUGUUGCUAUUGCAAUGGAGAGUAGCCGCCUCUCUGCUUUACAACGCGGAGCAGAAUGACGACGAUGUUGUGAGAGAAUUGACACUACUAUACCUUGUCUACGGUGGCAAUGCCGAAUGCAGUUUCAACACACCUGCCUUGGCGAAACAGGGAGCUCUUACACAGCCACCAGGUGGCGCUGACUGGAGACUGUUGCGCUCGUCAUCCAACACUGUGAUGUCAGAACUUCUAAAGCGCGCACCUGGGGAGGCGCUGAAGGAAUCGGCACCAUGGUUGAUUGUGUUGCGUGCAGCCUCAAGUUUUCUUCAUCCAUCCUUGCAGGGGAAUCAACACCGAUUCAGCAUGGCAUUGUCUGUGUGUCAGUUCGUGCGCUACCACGCUGCCGUCUGGUCGCUUGUGAAGGGUGGUGCUUCAACCUCAUCCCUGGCAGAACUGGAUGCAGCACUAAAGAUAGACAGUGGAGUCCCAGACGCUGCACGUUCCGCCACAUUAAGUAACCCUUUGUGGGACAUUGAACUAUCGCGCAAUGGUGUGGCCACAUUGGAAAGGUUUUUGGUGACAGCUCGCGCCUCUGCAUUUUCGAUGCUGAGACGUUGCAGUGCUCAAUCCCCACCGCCCUUGUUGUUCGCUGAACCCAGGCGAGCUGUUCAGCGUCGUGGUCAGAUCAGCGCAGACAUGCACCAGUUCCAGGCCUCCCUGUGGAAAAAAGUGACACUCUACAAGAAGUUCGUUGAGGAAGACGGCUGCGCAAUCCUAGCUUCCCACGCUGCUUAUCGUUUUUCGUUAUUACCGUGGUGGGGCCAGUGCAUCAACCUCUACGCGCGAACACCGGUGCCCCUGAACCGAUGGGAGUUGGAUCGUUUUCUGGGGACGGAAUGGCAACACGUGCGCCUUCGACGCUUCAUUCACGACGUGAAAAUCACCGACGCUUGGAGCACGGAUCAGUUGUUGCGGGCUGUCUACAAAAAAGAUAUGGCACCUACAGAUGAUGUGAGGUUACUGAAGUUAUAUUCUGUAACGGCUCUCCCACAGCUGCAGGCAACUUGUGUCUCUGGCACCUAUGCCUUCACCGUGGGGUGCAAACUAGUACUUCCAAUGGAUCGUGUGCCCAUCGUGUUGUGCAUUGCGUCAAAACAUAUAUCGUACGUCGUUGAACGGUUCCAGCACGGAUUGACACAAUUGGGGAAGGAACCCUCAGCAACAUCUUUCGACCUUCACGGAGGUGGAACUUCUACAAAAGUAGAAGUUCACAAUCCGAUAAGUCGGUUUCCAAAGACCUUCAGGUGCAAGUGUGAGAUCCCUUGCGUUCGCCGAGUGGUAGAUGUCUCUUCUGUACGUGCAAUUUGGAAACGCCGAAAUUUACUUCAGCCUUGUGCACUGGAACUGCUGCUCUCAACCGGCGAAACCCUAUUUCUGGCCUUUGAAACCGAAGAGAUGCGAAGACGUGUUUCUGCCGCCAUCAUUGCGGUGACACGGCCGUACCUUGACAAGACAUUAGUAAUGACAGAGAGCAACUUGAGGAUGUGGCGUAACUGGUGGUGUGAGGGACGCAUCACGAAUUUCCACUAUUUGAUGUACCUGAACUUUGCAGCAGGUCGCUCAUACGGAGACUUGCGUCAAUAUCCAGUGUUCCCUCAUGUUGUUGCGGACUACUUGUCUGAUACACUGGAUUUGACAAAUGCCGCCUCCUUUCGUCGCUUCAGCAAACCAAUGGGGGCCCAGACUCCAGAUCGCGAGCAGAAGGCUAUUGCGAAGUACAUGGAGAUCGCGGCGUUGGGGGGGACAGGGCAGACAAUGUCGAUUGACUUGAUUCCUCAUCACUACGGGUCUCACUACUCACCUCUUGGAGGUGCUCUUCACUUCCUUGUUCGUGUGCAGCCUUUUUCGGACUACUUUGUGAAUAUGAACUCUAAACUGGACGAUGCUGAUCGCGUGUUUGACUCUAUGGCUACGGCAUACACGAUAUCAACAGGAAAAGACGUUAAGGAGAUGUUGCCAGAGUUUUACUGCUUGCCGGAUAUGUUUGUCAACUUCAAUCAUAUACCAUUUGGAACCAAACAAGAUGGAGAUAUUGUGAACGAUGUGCAGUUACCUCCAUGGGCCUCUGCACCGCGCGAAUUGACGCAAAUGCUUCGGCAGGCGCUGGAGAGUCGAUAUACGUCUGAGAAUCUGCAUUCUUGGAUUGACUUAACUUUUGGUUAUAAGCAGCGGGGUAAGGAAGCUAUUGCGGCAGUAAACGUGUUCCACCCACUGACAUAUGAAAGAUCGAUAGACCUUUUGGCUAUCACAGACCCUGUUCUCAAAUCCAGCCAUGAAACACAAAUUGACUGUUUUGGUCAAACACCUUCGCAGUUAUUUUCACACCCUCACAAACCACGUGGAAAACCAACGGAUCCACCGUUCUUUCAGAGUCCAUGUCCAACGCUUCGUUAUGAAGCCUCCAGUUGGAGGUUUUGUGUUGUGCUUCACCCUGAACAGCUCGUACCAAUGAGCAGUCACAGAGUUGAUGGAACAGUGGUGGUGUUCGCUCGCUCGAGAUCCGCCACAGCCGCCCGUGGCGCAGAGGAAGGGAGUGAGUGGAAGUUUCCUUUGACACAGGCACGUCCUGUGGUACUGCCAAAGGGCUGUUUUCCUUUUACAGUGACCAAUGACCAAUUAAAGGAUUGCCUCUGCAUUCGCGGGAACGGCAUCGUCCUUGUCGAUGGAAAGGAUGUGUCACGCGAUAUAUGCACCUUUCACAUGAGCUAUGGGAGAGUCACCACCUUGGCUGUCGACCCGCCUAUUGUUUAUGUUGGAAUGGACUCUGGUGCUAUCCAUCUCAUGAAGAUUACCAAUGAAGAAUUGAACGAAGUUGAGCUACCAUUAGAGGAUGAAAAUGGCCAACGAGCAGACUUAACGGAUACGGCUGAAAGGAUUCUGCGCGGUGAAGUGAGGACCACACGAACUCGAAGUGCCGUUCGGCGGCGUCUUUGUGUGCUAUAUGGGCACACAGCGCCCGUGACUACACUUUUUGUUUCCCAUGAGUGGGGCAUUUUGGUAUCAUCGGCAGAGGAUUAUAUCGUAGGAGUGUGGGAUAUUGAGCGUCACAUUCUGAUUCGGACUAUUUCCUACCCGAAGCUCUCAGCAAAGUACCCAGACUCUCUCUUGACUGAGAACAUCGGGAAGCAGUGGUGUGGUGGUGAAGUGUGGCACUACAGUCUCAUUGCGGUGAAUGCAAAGGAGGGUGACAUUAUUUUGGCUGGUCAUUCUCUAAAGAAGACGUAUGCCGUUCGGCUUUACUCCCUCAACGGCUCUUUUGUGGCCUCGUAUGAUCUCGGUAAAGAACCUGCCACGGCUCUUCUUUCUGUUGGAGGAGUGAUCUUUGUUGCGCAAGGAACGACGGUGCGAGUGUUGAAAGAGAGUAAUAUGCAGUGGAUCUGCGAUGUCACUCACAGUAGCAUUGAAGACGGCAUCGAGUCCUUAGCGCUUGACCCAGGUGCAACCAUUCUCGCUGCUUGUAGUCGAAAGUCCACCCUAGUCACAUGGCGAGUGGUUCCAUCGGGCUGA